UGGCCACCCAGUGGCCCCGCCGCCCCCAUGGAUCCGCUGAACCUGUCCUGGUACGAUGACGAUCCGGAGAGCCGGAACUGGAGCCGGCCCUUCAACGGGUCCGAAGGGAAGGCCGACAGGCCCCACUACAACUACUACGCCACGCUGCUCACCCUGCUCAUCUUCGUCAUCGUCUUCGGCAACGUGCUGGUGUGCAUGGCCGUCUCCCGCGAGAAGGCGCUGCAGACCACCACCAACUACCUGAUCGUCAGCCUCGCCGUGGCCGACCUCCUGGUGGCCACGCUCGUCAUGCCCUGGGGGGUCUACCUGGAGGUGGUGGGCGAGUGGAAAUUCAGCAGGAUUCACUGUGACAUCUUUGUCACUCUGGAUGUCAUGAUGUGUACAGCAAGCAUCCUGAACCUGUGUGCCAUCAGCAUCGACAGGUACACAGCCGUGGCCAUGCCCAUGCUCUACAACACGCGCUACAGCUCCAAGCGCCGGGUCACCGUCAUGAUUGCCAUCGUCUGGGUCCUGUCCUUCACCAUCUCCUGCCCGCUGCUCUUUGGCCUCAACAACACAGACCAGAACGAGUGCAUCAUCGCCAACCCCGCCUUUGUGGUCUACUCCUCCAUUGUCUCCUUCUACGUGCCCUUCAUCGUCACCCUGCUGGUCUACAUCAAGAUUUACGUCGUCCUCCGCAGGAGGCGCAAGCGGGUCAACACCAAACGCAGCAGCCGGGCUUUCAGGGCCAACCUGAGGGCCCCACUCAAGGGCACCUGCACUCACCCCGAGGACAUGAAAUUCUGCACCGUUAUCAUGAAGUCUAAUGGGAGUUUCCCUGUGAACAGGCGGAGAGUGGAGGCUGCCCGCCGAGCCCAGGAACUGGAGAUGGAGAUGCUCUCCAGUACCAGCCCGCCUGAGAGGACCCGGUACAGCCCCAUCCCGCCCAGCCACCACCAGCUGACCCUCCCUGACCCGUCCCACCACGGUCUCCACAGCACACCUGACAGCCCUGCCAAACCAGAGAAGAACGGGCAUGCCAAAGACCACCCCAAGAUUGCCAAGAUCUUUGAGAUCCAGUCCAUGCCCAAUGGCAAAACCCGGACCUCUCUCAAGACCAUGAGCCGCAGGAAACUCUCCCAGCAGAAGGAGAAGAAAGCCACCCAGAUGCUCGCCAUUGUCCUCGGCGUGUUCAUCAUCUGCUGGCUGCCCUUCUUCAUCACCCACAUCCUGAACAUACACUGUGACUGCAACAUCCCGCCCGUCCUGUACAGCGCCUUCACGUGGCUGGGCUACGUCAACAGCGCGGUGAACCCCAUCAUCUACACCACCUUCAACAUCGAGUUCCGCAAGGCCUUCCUGAAGAUCCUACACUGCUGAGCCUGCUGCCCACCUGCACAGUAGCCUCCUUCCCACCCCCCAGCCCAGCGGCCCCGCCUCGGGCCCUGGGCGCCGCGGGCAGGGGGGCGCAGGGGGGACUCGGCCUUGUCCUCACCCGCAGGCCCUGCAGUGUUAGCUUGGCUCCACGCCCCUCACUGCCCACACACCCUCGCUCUGCCAGGGCAGUGCUAGAGAGCCAGGCACGGUGUCAGCCCUCGCGCCAGACCCCAGGCUCAGGGGCAGCUCACGGAGUCCUCUCCCACUUCCAGACCCUCUCUCCUUGGCACCAAAGACACAGCCGCCUUCUCUGACCUCUCUCUGGGGCUCUGGGGUUGCGGGGCCAGUGUCAAGGCUCAGAGGCCAUGCUGGCCUGGUCGUCACAGGCCUGUGCUGGAUCAGGCACUGGGGAGCAAUGGACAAUUCACACCGUCCAAGACCCACACCAGGGAAGCCAGAGCUCUUGACCAGGCCCCAGGCAACUUCAGGCCCAGGAGACCCAUGUACGUACCAGGUCUGGAUGGACCCCAGAGAAGCCCAAGCCAAAAAUCUGCACCCCUCCUCCCACCUGCGCCUGGCGGGGGCCGCCGCUCCCAUCCACAGCCGUGGUCCUGACCCUACCGCAGCUCCCCAUGAGGUUUCCAUACCCUGAGGGGAGGAGCCCUGGUCUCCAGGAGCCCAGGAGGGUCUGUGGGGAGAGGACCCCCAGCCCCACCCCGAGCCCCCUCUGCUGCCCCGAUGGACGCGGGUGCGUCUCCGGAGCAAAUUGUUGGGCCGGCCCGGGGGGCCCGUGGCAUGUCUAGGGCCUGGGUUGGGGGUGUCUGAGGUCCUCUGGGGGGCUGCCCCUGCCACCCUCUGCUGCAGACACUUUCCUUUAAUCUUCCUUUUGCCUCCUCGCUCUCCCGCCCCCUCUUUCCACUGCCUCCGCCUUAGAGGAGCCCGUGGCUGAGCGGCUGCGGAACACCGUCCGGCCUGGCCUGGCCCGACCCGAGGGAGGAGGGGAAGCUGCUGCUUGGGGGAGCCCCCGGGCCCCAAACUCUGUACCAUCACUACACAUGCUCCAAACUAAUAAAACUUCGACAAGAGUCACAUCCAGGGCCCCUCAGGCAGAGGGUGCCGUGUCCCCUCCGUCCUCCGCAUCGGGUGUGGCC